AGAUCUCCACAGGUCCAGGAGAACUCCUGGAGAUGACCCAUGUUCAAUUAUAGAAUUCUAUCAUCUACUGCUAUCCCCCCGCGAGAACCCUAAUGUGUUCCCCGAGAAAAUAUUGCGCCUUGAUUUUAGUAGCUAGAUCAGUGUACCGCAUCAACUACUCUUCGCAACUACAGUAUUCUAUCCUGCCUAAGUCAGCAUUUUGCUCUUUUGAUGUUGGUUAAUGGAUUAGCAAUGAACCGUUCUUUCAUAGCGAGUACUUGGCUCCUUUCACUCCUAUUUUGAUGUGUGUUUUCCCACGGACGUGAUUGAAAACUGAAAAAUGACGCAAGCAGGAAAGCAGCCACCUGGUGAUGGUGCAGCAGCUGCCGAUGCAGCAACUGCUGCGCCAGGGAAUGCUCAAGCCCAACCAGCAAACGUGCAAAAUGAGGGUGGACUGCCAAAGCUCCUGCGAAUGGCAUUCCUUUUUGUGCUCACUCAGUAUGUGAUGAACCGCAUAAUGGGAAUUGGGGGCCAACGAGGAGGCCAGCCUGGUGCAGGAGGGGACCAAACAGAUGCGACAAUGGUUGACGUCGCCACAAGCGGAAGUCGUUCAAAGUCGAAAAAUAACGCGAUCAAUGAAGCUGUGAACCCACAUCGCAUCUACCGGAACAUUUUCAGGCCCGAUGACCACUACGAAUUUUGGGUUCAUCUGGUUCGCAAAGAUUAUCUAGACCCGCACAAUGCCUGCAAAGAACGGGAAAAAAGGCACUGCUAUAACGAUUUCGUCUCGAAAAAGCAACACGAAUUUCGAUACGAAGAUCACUUUGAUCUUGAUGUACCGGUUGAAGGUGAAGAUAGUGAAAAAGACAAAGAGAAGACUGACGACGCGACAAACGGUGAAGCUUCUGACAAGACCAAAAUGGGCAGCACCGCCGUCGCCGUAAUGACUUCGACAACGACUAAGCUUCCGCUAACAGCGAAUGCAACGAAGACUCUUCAAAUUAUAGAAGUACAAGGACAGGCUGAAGAAGAAGAUGCUGCUAGCGGGGAUGGGGAUGAACAUGAAGCGUCUGCUCCAGCGCCGCCACUGCUGCUGUGGCACGAGCCAGCAGUUGGUUACAGUGACGCAAGCGACAUGAUAAGUCGGAAUGUGACCCUCCCUGUGAUCACCAAUCCAGAAAGUGCCUACAUCACCUUUACAGCCAGAUCUGUCAGAAAGCGAACUUAUUACCAUUUUCCAGACAUUUUACAGGAAGAGAUGGAACUCACACGGCUGUUGCGCCCGAAAAAGCAUGAGAAGCACAAAAAACUUUUAGGAGGUGAAGAAGAUGAAGCGGAGGACGGCGUAGAGUCACCUCAAUUACAAAGCGAAUCAAGCGUAGUAGCACAACAAGAGCAACAGGCACAGGAUGCAAUUGCUGUGCCAGCUGACGAAGAAGAGGCGCCCUCCGAUGCUGCUGCAACUGCUGCAGCUCUUUUGUCGAAGCUAACUCCCCAAUCAAAGGAAGAACCGCACUGGAUCUCGAAAAUUGACAUGCGGCUGGUCUACGAUGUGCACGUCUAUGACGACCGCGUCCUUUCGAAGGAAGUACCGAACAAUCCACUUUCACGCGCUGUUCGCUUUCCGUUCGAACAGCUAUAUCAGCCGUUGACGUCCGUGACGGAUUUCUGGAACCUGGAAGACGACUACAUUCACUUAAACGGGACUCAAAAGACACUUCCACUGACGCUCCAGCAUUAUCCAACAACGCUCUACGCUUUGGCCAUUCAAAAAUCCAUGCACGACACGAUGAAAAUGAAGGUAAGUAAUUACAGUUCUAGCUUGUUCUUUUCCAUUGAUUUCGUUUUCAAAUUAGACAUUUAGCAACGACUGUGCACUACCGACGGUAAACACCGUGAUUUAAUCUAAGCACUUCAACGUUCAUCUUAUCCUCAUUUUCUACCAAAACCAUCAGGGCCAAUUCGGACUGGUUUUUGAUCCAAUGCGGGAGUUGUUCAUGAUGAAGCGCAUCUUCCUGAACAACUCGCCAAUGGUGCUGAUCUUCUCCUUUCUCUUCAUGAUGACACAUUCGAUCUUCUCCUGGCUGGCGUUCAAAAACGAAUUAUCCUUCUGGCGAAAAAACAAGUCGAUGAAGGGUCUCAGCGCACGAUCCAUGGUUAUUUCGUGGUUUUGCCGGCUCGUAAUCGCGCUUUACCUGCUCGAUAGUCGAGAAACAUCCUACAUCAUCCUGUUCGAGAUCGGAAUGGACUUAUUUUUGAGUACCUGGAAACUCACAAAAGCUGUGAAGGUCGAACUCGGGCCUGAAAAGCAAGCGGAUGGUUCAAGCGGGACUGAAAGCGGCGAGCAAUCGGAUUCGAAAGAUUUCUCAAAUACAGGCGAUGACACGGCGAAAAUGCUCGAAGACGGUGUCGAGUUAGUGUCUCUGGACGAUGCACCACCAGCCUCGGCUGUAGCAGUAGCAGGAAAAAGCGCCGAUGGGGAAUUGAGAAAAAGACACACUGCUGAUGAGAAAAAGGAAGAUAAGACGGAUGUGGCUGAGACUUCGUCUGAUGCUGCCGUAUCAACGUCUAGUAGUUCAUUACUAACGAAAGAGAAAUAUUCGAAAAUUAUUUCACGUUUCAUCCAACGCAACAUCAUCCGUGUCAAGUCUCGUCACGGUUACGAAGACGGCAAAACAUCGGAGUACGAUCGCAUCGCAAUCCAGUACAUGAGUUACAUCCUCUAUCCUCUGAUGCUUGGUUACACCAUCUACUCGCUGUUUUACAACGAACACAAAAGCUGGUACUCAUUCUGUCUGAAAACGUUCGCAGGCUACAUCUACAUGUUUGGAUUUAUCAUGAUGACGCCACAGCUGUACAUCAACUACCGGCUGAAGUCUGUUGAGCACAUGCCGUGGCGCGCGAUGACGUACAAAGCUUUGAAUACAUUCGUGGAUGACGUAAGCGCCUUCCUAAUGGACAUGCCGUGGAUGCACCGGCUCUCUUGUCUUCGCGAUGACGUGAUUUUCAUAGCUUAUCUCUAUCAGCGCUGGGCUUAUCGAGUAGACAAGUCGAGGCCGACAGCAUUUAGCGACGGAGAAGAGGGGGGUGAGCAAGCAGAAAAGAAGUCAAUAGAAGAGGGGAGUCAAGUCGCAGCAAAAACGGGCGACUCACAAGAUCAAGACGCCUCCUGGACUGCAGUUGAGGAUGCGUCAGCAGCCCGCUCUUCAAAAACUGAUUAGCCUCUGGAGUUUUACAGUGUGGAGAACACAACAUGUUGUCUACUUGCUCUCAUCUAUUGUCCGCCGAAGAACUAAAACUGUUGAUUCUCCACGCCAAACUACCCUUUCUCCCACCUUCUUCUCGAAUUUGAUGUCCGGUUGGCAUCGUUGGAUUUCCUCGCACAAGGCAAGCAGGAACGAAUGGCUGUCGAUUCGUCCAGUGGUCUCAUAAGAACGAAGAUCUCACUUUGUUCAUCUCCUUCUCUUACUUAGAGUUUGACAAGAAUCAACGCCAAGAAAGCCAGAGAGGUGAGGGCGAAAGAGUUUGUCUGUUUCCUUCUAUGUAUCCUACUUGUUCCAUUGUUGAAUGAGCUACAUCUACCUCAUCUCUUUCUUAACGAAGGUACAAGUUGGGUGAAUGACCUCAACACCAUUAGACAGGAUGGGACACGAGGUAACACGACAUAACAUGGCAUCUCUUCUUGUCUCUCUCUGGCUGUGGUCGUGUC